AUGUCACAGACGACUUCCGACGCUCAAAAUGCACAAGCGACACUGGUCAAAACCGAAGACGGAGCACUUAAGCCGACUGCACAGGUGACACCCGUGAAAACGGUCGAAAGGCCUGCGGAUUGGCCCAAUUAUCAGCCGAUUCGCUCGCUUGAAGGCCACACCAAAUCGGUGUCAUCGGUAAAAUUCUCGCCGUGCGGCAAAUUUCUCGCGACAGCAUCGGCUGACAAAACAAUUCGCAUUUGGCACGUCGAAGACGCCCGAUGCGAACGACAACUCGUCGGCCACAAACUUGGAAUCAACGACAUCUCCUGGAGCGCUGACAGCAAAUUCAUCGUGUCCGCGUCCGACGACAAAACGCUCAAAAUAUUCGAUGCCUCAUCGGGAAAAGUUUUGAAAACUCUCAAAGGUCACUCAAAUUAUGCAUUCUGCUGCAAUUUCAACCCACAAUCAUCUCUCGUCGUCUCAGGCUCAUUCGAUGAGUCGGUCCGAAUUUGGGAUGUAAAAACUGGUGUAUGUAUAAAAACUCUCCCGGCUCACUCCGAUCCAGUUUCUGCGGUUUCAUUCAACAGAGAUGGAGCUCUCAUUUGCUCCGGCUCCUACGACGGCCUCGUCCGCAUUUGGGACACCGCCAACGGCCAAUGCAUCAAGACGCUCGUCGACGAGGACAAUCCGCCGGUGGCGUUUGUGAAGUUCUCGCCAAACGGAAAGUACAUUCUCGCCUCAAAUCUCGACAGCACACUCAAAUUGUGGGAUUUCCAAAAGGGCAAAUGUCUCAAACAGUACUCGGGCCAUGAGAACACCAAGUAUUGCAUCUUCGCGAAUUUCUCAGUUACCGGAGGAAAAUGGAUAAUCAGCGGCUCGGAGAACAAGAAAAUCUUCAUUUGGAAUUUGCAAACGAAAGAAGUUGUUCAGCAAUUGGAAGGACACGAUUCCUGUGUUCUCGCCACCGACUGUCAUCCAUCGGAGAAUAUCAUCGCUUCAGGUGGACUCGAGCCAGACACCGUCGUCCGACUUUGGAAAUCCGAUGUUUAA